UCAACUACUGCGUGCACCCACCAGAAGCGAGCGGCGGAGCGAUGGCGGCGUUUCGGUCUGCAUUCGAUGCCGGAGAAAUGAGAACCGAGUUCGAGAAGGCCGGCAUCAAAUCGACCUUCAUCCCCUCCAUUUGGAAGCAGUUGAUUCAUGAUUCAAACAACCUAUUGAACCAAAAUAUGGCAUCCGAAUUCCAAUGGGAGAAAGCCGUGCCUUCGCUGCCAUCGGCGGCUUACUCCUUGCUCCGGUCAAAGUUUAAGCCUCUUACUUCCACCGUCAAUACCGUCGUCGAUUCCUCCGAUCAGGCCACCACCAAACUCCUUAUCAAGCUUCAGAGUGGGGCUCUUGUGGAGGCUGUCAUCAUGAGGUAUGAUUCUCGUCUGGGAAAAUAUGGCGACAAACCUCGACCAGGUGGUCUGCGGUCUACUCUCUGUAUUUCUUCGCAGGUUGGCUGCAAAAUGGGCUGCAGAUUCUGUGCAACCGGAACAAUGGGAUACAAAAGCAAUCUGACUUCAGGGGAGAUAGUAGAGCAGUUGGUCCAUGCCUCCCGUUUGUUCCAAAUACGCAAUGUUGUUUUCAUGGGAAUGGGAGAACCAUUGAAUAACUAUUCUGCUUUAGUGGAAGCUGUCCGUGUCAUGAUAGGCUCCCCAUUCUUAUUAUCACCCAAGAGAAUUACUAUCUCAACUGUUGGGAUUAUUCAUGCUAUAAGCAAACUGCAUGGUGAUCUACCGGGAUUGAACUUGGCCGUUUCCUUGCACGCACCUGCGCAAGAUAUUCGUUGCCAGAUAAUGCCUGCAGCUCGGGCUUUUCCUUUACAAAAACUUAUGGAUGCUCUCCAAGAAUAUCAACAAAAGAGUCGGCAAAAGAUAUUCAUCGAGUACAUAAUGCUUGACGGAGUGAAUGAUGAAGAGCAACAUGCCCACCAACUUGGAAAGUUGUUAGAGACAUUCCUGGUGGUUGUGAACUUAAUACCAUUCAAUCCUAUUGGUAGUUCAAGCCAAUUCAAAACCAGUAGUGAUGAGAAAGUUUCAGCAUUCCAACAAGUUCUUCGGGGUACGUAUAAUAUACGCACAACCAUUCGUAAGCAGAUGGGUCAAGAUAUUAGUGGUGCAUGUGGUCAACUGGUGGUCAGCCAGACUAAUAGAAUCUCCGGUAAACAAACAACUGUUCUACCUGACAUCGAAGAUCUUCACCUCUGAUUUAGACGAGAUACCACCAGCUGUUGAUUAAAAGUUGGUGGUUGGUUGGACGAGUCGAUCAGCCUCGGGGGGGAUCGAAAUCCUUGGACGACAUGAAAAUGCCAAGAAAACAGAGAAGUAAGAACAAGGUUGGGGGAAGACUUGACUGUGAUUGUUGUAAUUUAGGAUACUUUUAUGCAUUCAGCGUUGGCUUCGUAUACGGCUUUUUCAAUCUGAUUCUCCUUAUAGAUAGUUGAGGGGGGCAGGGUUCGGCCAAAGCCAAAAGCAAUAGAUGAAUGGAAGAAAAGUUCUUUUUUUUCCUUUUUUUUUUUUGUUAUGUAUUAUUAUUACUUUUUUAUUUCAAUGCUUUUCUUGGUCCCUUGAUUCUGUUUUGAAGUAUGCUUCUUAUGUUA